AUGUCCCUCCGGUGUUCUGGCGAAUCUAGGCAUGUGGGCUUCCAGUCUCCAGCUGCAGCCGCCAGACCACCCAGCAGAGGAGCAAGCUUUGGAGGCAGCAGCACCUAUGGUAGCUCGGUUGCCACGAGUGGAUUUUCCUGUGGUUUGGGCACAGGCCUGGGCAGCGUUGCUGGUGGUAGUGGUACCCUUGGAAACGCUGCGUGUGCUGGCCUUGCUGGAAGCGAGGGAGGCCUCCUGUCUGGCAAUGAGAAGAUGACCAUGCAAAACCUCAACAACCGGCUAGCCUCUUACCUGGAUAGUGUGAAGGCUCUUGAGGAGGCCAACGCAGACCUGGAGAAAAAAAUCAAGAGUUGGUAUGAAAAAUAUGGACCUGGCUCCUGCCGCGGGCUGGAUCAUGACUACAGUGUCUAUCACCUCACAAUUGAGGAUCUGAAAAGCAAGAUUAUCGCUUCCACAGCUGCAAAUGCGAAUGUAAUUCUGCAAAUUGAUAAUGCCAGGCUGGCGGCAGAUGACUUCCGACUAAAGUAUGAAAAUGAGCUUUCCCUUCACCAGAAUGUAGAGAUGGACAUCAAUGGGUUGCGACGCGUCCUGGACGAGCUAACCCUCUGCAAGACUGACCAGGAGCUGCAGUACGAGUCUCUGAGUGAGGAGAUGACGUACCUCAAGAAGAACCAUGAAGAGGAGAUGAAGGCGCUGCAGUGCGCGGCGGGAGGCAACGUGAACGUGGAGAUGAACGCGGCGCCCGGGGUGGACCUCACGGUGCUGCUCAACAACAUGCGGGCCGAGUACGAGGCCCUGGCCGAGCAGAACCGCAGGGAGGCCGAGGCCUGGUUCCAGGAGAAGAGCGCCUCGCUGCAGCAGCAGAUCUUCGACGACGCAGGCGCCGCCAGCUCCGCCAGGGCGCAGCUGACCGAGAUGAAGCGCACGAUGCAGACGCUGGAGAUCGAGCUGCAGUCCCUCCUGGCGACGGUAGUGUCCUGGAAAGGGAGACUGGUUUUUACCCACGGACAGUGUGUACAUCUUAACCAGAUCCAGGCUCAGAUCGGGGCCCUGGAGGAGCAGCUGCACCAGGUCAGGACCGAGACUGAGGGCCAGAAGCUGGAGCAUGAGCAACUGUUGGAUAUCAAGGCCCACCUGGAGAAGGAGAUUGAGACCUACUGCCGCCUGAUAGAUGGAGAUGGAAAUUCGUGCUCCAAAUCGAAAGGCUUUGGUUCAGAUAGCUCAGGGAAUCCACCUAAAGAUUCGCCCAAAACCACACUGGUAAAGACUGUGGUGGAAGAGAUAGAUCAACGUGGUAAAGUUCUGUCAUCAAGGAUCCAAUCUAUUGAGGAAAAGACAUCUAAAAUGACAAAUGGCAAGACAGAAAAGAAAACACCCUUCUAG